AACAAACCUUGUGUCCCCGCGCCGUGGACAGUGAGCUGCAUUGGCAGAACCGUAAUGGACUUCCGGUGACUCUUCUACAUAACCGCCUUCUUUGCCAAGUCCUUAAAUCUCCGUAAGGAAUCCUUACACGCACUUUAAGAUGGGUAGGGAGGACAAGGCAACAUGGAAGGCCAACUACUUUACAAAACUAAUUCAACUUUUGGAUGACUACCCAAAAUGUUUCAUCGUGGGUGCGGACAAUGUCGGUUCAAAGCAAAUCGAGCAAAUUCGUAUGUCACUCCGUGGCACUGCGGUUGUGCUGAUGGGAAAGAACACCAUGAUGCGGAAGGCAAUCAGAGGCCAUAUAGAGCGUAAUGCAGCUUUGGAAAAGCUCUUACCACAUAUUCGCGGCAAUGUUGGCUUUGUCUUCACUCGAGGAGACCUGGUCGAGGUCAGAGACAAGCUACUGGAGAAUAAAGUUCGUGCUCCAGCCAGAGCAGGUGCUAUUGCUCCUUUGAGCGUCGUAAUUCCUGCUCAGAACACGGGGUUGGGUCCUGAGAAAACUUCGUUCUUUCAAGCCCUUAGUAUUCCAACCAAGAUCUCCAAGGGUACUAUUGAAAUUAUCAAUGACGUCCAUAUUCUGAAACCUGGUGACAAAGUAGGAGCUUCUGAAGCGACCCUCCUGAACAUGCUGAAUAUUUCUCCGUUUUCGUAUGGAUUACUUGUGGAGCAAGUAUACGAUUCUGGUACUAUCUUUGCACCAGAAAUUCUGGAUAUCAAGCCAGAAGAUCUUCACGAGAAGUUCCUAGCUGGUGUUGCUAAUUUGGCUGCUUUGUGCCUCGCCAUCGGCUAUCCCACUAUUGCUAGUGCUCCUCAUAGCAUUGCCAAUGGACUCAAGAACUUAUUGGCCAUUGCUGCCAUUACGGAUAUAGAAUUCAAGGAAGCAACAACCAUCAAGGAAUUCAUCAAAGAUCCCAGCAAAUUUACAGCUGCAGUUACUACUGCUGCGCCUGCUGCUGCAGCAGCAGCAGCACCGGUCGAGGAAAAGAAAGAGGAAAAGAAAGAAGACUCUGAUUCCGAUGACGGUGACAUGGGAUUCGGACUCUUUGAUUAAAAAAAAAAGUGAUGGAGUACUCUACCCUGCGUCUCUGAGUGGACCUGAGUAUUGAUGUUUUGUACCGACGUCCGAAUAAAGUCCAAAAGUAAGAAAUCA